GAAAAGAAGUGUUAAUAAACCAAGUCAAAGUUAUUUUAUUUUAAAUAUGUGAACAUGUUAAUACUGGCGGUAUAAACGUAGAGUCCUCGAGUCCAAGCGGUUUCCUGUUUCUGCCACACAACGGCCAGAUAUCUUGUCGCUUGUCUUUCGACGUGAAGUUCUGGGGGUGUUUGGCUUGGAAAGAAAAAAUGUACGCCUCCCUACGGGUGAUGUUGCAGGUGCUGUGGGCCCAGCUCCUGUGUGGCUGGGCUCUGGGCUCCGAGCUCACCUUCGAGCUGCCUGACAACGCCAAGCAAUGUUUCUACGAGGACAUCACCACUGGCACCAAGUGCACCUUGGAAUUCCAGGUGGUGACAGGUGGCCAUUACGAUGUGGACUGCCGCUUGGAGGACCCAGACGGCACAACACUCUACAAGGAGAUGAAGAAACAAUACGACAGCUUCACCUUCACGGCAGCCAAGGACGGCACCUACAAGUUCUGCUUCAGCAACGAGUUUUCCACUUUCACCCACAAGACAGUCUACUUUGACUUCCAGGUCGGCGACGACCCGCCGCUCUUCCCCAAUGAGAACAGGGUCACAGCCCUCACCCAUCUGGAGUCGGCCUGCGUGUCCAUCCACGAGGCCCUCAAGUCCGUCAUCGACUAUCAGACGCACUUCCGCCUACGGGAGGCGCAGGGACGCAGCCGGGCAGAGGACCUGAACACGCGCGUCGCCUUCUGGUCUAUCGGCGAGGCCAUCGUCCUCCUCGUGGUCAGCAUUAGCCAGGUGCUCCUGCUGAGGAGUUUCUUCUCCGACAAGAAGACCACGACCACGCGCGUGGGAUCGUAAUGCUGGUUCUCGUCAAUGUGGCUUGUUUGCAUCGAGUGACUUAAGAACAGCAGGUAGACAUUUGGAUCAUACGAAACGUUGAAACGUAAAUUAUAUUGUACGACACUGCUGUUCCAAGAGACUCUGUGCAAAUAAGUCUUCUAUAGAGAUUUGAAACACGUUUGUAAGGGGUAUAAAACAAAGAUUGUUCUUUUUAAUAUCUACUACAGUACUACUGAACGCAAGUGGUGUAAAGCGAUCCCCUUCAA